AUGUAAUAAGUUACAACUACAAAAUCUCAAAAACUUUAAGUCCUUCAUUUAAAGAGAGGAGAGAAGAAAAAUUCAUUAAUGCAUUGCUUUCGUUUAUUAAAGGCAUCAAUAGAUGACGAUAAUUUCAAUUUAAUUCCAACAGAAAAGCAAAUCUAAAGCAAGAAAAUUAUAAAUUUAAAACCAUUGAAGAAUGUGAUUGAAAAAAUAGCUUUAAUGAGAUAAUAGGAUUAACCAAGAAGAAAAUCUGCAUACGGAGAUACAUUUGGUUAAUUGACAGCAAAAUAAUAAGCGAAUCUACCAACUUAAAUUUAAUAACAUCGUUAAAUUGAUGGUUAAAGAUUUGCCCUGUAAAGUUUUGCAGGCAUCUUGGAAAGAAAAAAAUAAUAAAAAACAGCACGAAAGCCCAGUUUACUAAGGAAACUAUCUAAAUAAGAUACAAUUGUUGAAUAUGAUAAUAUGGAGAGACCUCCUUCAUGUAAAACUCCUCCAAAAUAAAUUAUUGUUAAAUCAAUUCAUAAAACUAAAAUGGAAAUAGAAAAAGAAAAAUAUUUCAAAGUUUAAGAUUUUAAGAUGAUUUAAUUUUUAUCUGGAAAAUCUCAAUAAUUAAAACUUUAAAUCAAUGGCAAUAAAGCUCUCGCUCUUAAUCUCUAAACAACAACUCAACAAUCUUCUUCUAUUAUAGCCAAUCGAAGAAUAUCAAACUUAUUUCCAAAACUCCCAAUCAAUAAAAUAAGCAGAUGCAUAACUAAUCCUCUUGAAAAUAAAAUUGAUCCUCAAUUAAGUAGUAGAUCAAUGAAUAAUUAAAAUACGCCCUAUCUCACAUAAAAUUUAAAACUCACAAAAAAAAUUCAAAUAGAACUCAAAAAUUUAUCUCAUCCUUUAUAACGAUUGAGCUAUCAUUUAUGA